UCAAUAAACUGCUAUUUUGCGUUCACCAGAAGUAUCCAUCGGUCAGAGGCGACGAAGUGGCACAUUAUUGAAGUUUUUAACAUUUGUCAUAUUUUCUGUGGAGAUGGCUGGAGUUAUUUGGAGCAGUAUCUGCAAGUUUGGGCUCCUGAUACAUCUUUUACUCUUCUCUUACAUUUCUAAGACGUCUUCAGUGAGUCUCGACCUGACCGAGCUAAGAAAUAAGGUAGCAAAGAUUAAAGUCAAUCCAAGGGGAAAUUUAUGGGCAACAGGUCACUUCAUGGGCAAGAAGAGCGUCGUGGGUAGCUCAUUGCUGGAGUCUCCAGAUGAACCGUCUCUGAACGCAAUUCAAGCCGCUCUGAAUUCAGACCAACAUGAUGAGCAGGAGGAGCUGAGAGAGCUGAUCACACAAGAGGUCCUGAAAUUCGCGCUGCAGACUCAGCUACAGGACACUCAGAGGAGACAGGAAAAUCAUGAUACGGAGUUGCUGCUGAAGACAUUGGAAAACUACAUUGGAUAUGAAAGAAAAUGAUCAAGGCUUUUGUCCCCUAUGGAUAUACUGCACAAUAAAUGACUUGCACAAUAAAUCUACAAAGGCUUAUGUUUACAACUUUGUGACAGGUCAAAAGAUUUUAAAUGAAGUGUUUGUAACAUUGUCUAUUGAUCUUAAGUUUAGCUGCUGUAUAAUUGUUGAGUAAAAUUGUUGUGAUAAGAGACCAAACCUGCUUAAAUAUGUUUACCAUUGUGAUUUUGUUUGCAUUAUGAUGUACAUUUUAAUGCAAUAAAGACAAUGGUUUGCAGAAUAAGAGUGAAAUAUCUCUUAACUGUAACAUUAAUGGACAUA